AUGGAGAGGAGGGCAGACAUUUCUAACUGGGACACAUCUCAGGUGUCAGUCAGGAAGGUGACCAGCCUGCAGGACUUCUUCGGUGAUGAUGACGUGUUCAUGGCGUGCGGUCUGGAGAAGUUCCGUUACGCUCAGGACGACUACGCUAUCACACACAGCGGGAAGGCUGCCUCUGCAUUCGUCAACGGUAUGGUAACGUAUGUGUGUGUGUGUAUAUGUUUGUGUGUGUGUGCGUGUGUGUGUGCUCAGGACGACUACGCUAUCACACACAGCGGGAAGGCUGCCUCUGCAUUCGUCAACGAGUCUAGGGUGAAAAUGUCUCGUUCCUCCACUCCUCUGAAGCCGUCGUCUCCCAAACCUUCCAGCGUGACCACGCCCAAAACUCCGCCCAGAACUCCACCCAGAACCAAAUCACCUGGCCCAGCCACUGAGGGGCCGGGAAUUCAGGUGGGUGUGGCUAAGUCGGCGAGGUCAUUCCCCUCCCCCACCAGCCCAGGGACCCGACGCAACCUGAAGAUUUCUCCUCAUCUUGCCUCGUCAGAUGUGAACGGAGCAGCGAACCAGACAGAGGAUCUGAGCCCUGAAGUGAACGGAAACAGGUCGGUCUCCUCCUCCAUCAUCAGUGACAAGUACAAGGUGGGGAAGGUCAUAGGUGACGGGAACUUUGCAGUUGUUAAGGAUUGUGUAGAGAGGUCAACAGGACAGGAGUUUGCUCUGAAGAUUAUCGACAAAGCUCGUUGCUGUGGGAAGGAGCAUCUGAUAGAGAACGAGGUGGCGGUGUUGAGGAGGGUCAGACACCCCAGCAUCAUACAGCUGAUCGAGGUCGACGACACGCCCACAGAGCUCUACCUGGUCAUGGAAUUGGUCAAGGGUGGAGAUCUGUUUGAUGCCAUCACAUGUUCUACUAAAUACACAGAGAGAGAUGCCAGUGCCAUGGUCUUCAACCUGGCUGGAGCUAUUCAAUACCUCCACCGUAUGGACAUAGUCCAUAGAGACAUCAAACCUGAAAACCUGCUGGUGUGCGAGUACCUGGAUGGGACCAAGUCGUUGAAGCUGGGUGAUUUUGGUCUGGCUACAGUCGUAGAGGGACCCCUGUAUACAGUCUGCGGAACGCCCACAUAUGUAGCUCCAGAGAUCAUCGCUGAGACCGGGUACGGUCUGAAGGUGGAUAUCUGGGCUGCAGGAGUUAUCACCUACAUCCUAUUGUGUGGGUUCCCCCCGUUCCGCAGUGAGAAUAACAUCCAGGAGGAGUUGUUUGACCAGAUACUGAAGGGGAAGCUGGAAUUUCCUUCCCCAGACUGGGACACAGUCAGCCUACCGGCCAAGAUGCUGAUUGGUCAGAUGCUGCAGGUAAACGCGGACAUUCGUUAUUCAGCAGAGGAGGUCCUCUCACACCCCUGGGUUACGGACGAGGCGACUCUAGAAAGCAGAAACGUGAACACGGAGACAUUAUCGUCAGCUACGGUGACCCCUGACCUUCCAGUGACCCCUACAACCCCGACAGCGACCUUUUACCCUUUGACUCCGGCAGCACAGAGUAGCCCCGCCCACAACAACACUACUAAUCCCAACACUAAAUCUGUUACCUCUGCUGAGGACACAUCCCAUUUCAGCCCCUAGGCAAGGGAUGGGCAACUUUGAUGAGGGUGGGGCCCACCAAAAAUCUGAACUCAUCACGAGGGGCCGCGGUGGCUCGUGGGUGGAGUGAAGAUUUAGCAAUUUUAUUACUCAUUUCCUGCAAUUCUACACAUUUUGCCAUGUGGGUGGAGAGAAAUGUUUGCCGUUUUUAAUAUGAUAUCUGAAUGAGAGUGACAAACAAAAUCAAUGGGAGCCCAUGAUUAGACCAUGAUUCCUACCAGUUUAGAUAGCUGACUAGACUAAUUAACAUGAUUACACCAUGAUUCCUACCAGUUUAGAUAGCCGGCUAGACUAAUUAACAUAAUUACACCAUGAUUCCUACCAGUUUAGAUAGCCGGCUAGACUAAUUAACAUAAUUACACCAUGAUUCCUACCAGUUUAGAUAGCUGGCUAGGCUAAUUAACAUAAUUAGACCAUGAUUCCUACCAGUUUAGAUAGCUGGCUAGACUAAUUAACAUAAUUAGACCAUGAUUCCUACCAGUUUAGAUAGCCGGCUAGACUAAUUAACAUAAUUAGACCAUGAUUCCUACCAGUUUAGAUAGCUGGCUAGACUAAUUAACAUAAUUACACCAUGAUUCCUACCAGUUUAGAUAGCUGGCUAGGCUAAUUAACAUAAUUAGACCAUGAUUCCUACCAGUUUAGAUAGCUGACUAGACUAAUUAACAUAAUUAGACCAUGAUUCCUACCAGUUUAGAUAGCUGGCUAGACUAAUUAACAUAAUUACACCAUGAUUCCUACCAGUUUAGAUAGCUGGCUAGGCUAAUUAGCAUAAUUACACCAUGAUUCCUACCAGUUUAGAUAGCUGGCUAGACUAAUUAACAUAAUUAGACCAUGAUUCCUACCAGUUUAGAUAGCUGGCUAGACUAAUUAACAUAAUUAGACCAUGAUUCCUACCAGUUUAGAUAGCUGGCUAGACUAAUUAACAUAAUUAGACCACGAUUCCUACCAGUUUAGAUAGCUGGCUAGACUCAUUAACAUAAUUACACCAUGAUUCCUACCAGUUUAGAUAGCUGGCUAGACUAAUUAACAUAAUUACACCAUGAUUCCUACCAGUUUAGAUAGCUGGCUAGACUCAUUAACAUAAUUACACCAUGAUUCCUACCAGUUUAGAUAGCUUGCUAGACUAAUUAACAUAAUUGGACCAUGGUCCCUACCAGUUUAGAUAGCUGGCUAGACUAAUUAACAUAAUUAGACCAUGGUUCCUACCAGUUUAGAUAGCUGGCUAGACUAAUUAACAUAAUUAGACCAUGAUUCCUACCAGUUUAGAUAGCUGGCUAGACUAAUUAACAUAAUUUGACCAUGAUUCCUACCAGUUUAGAUAGCUGGCUAGACUAAUUAACAUAAUUAGACCAUGAUUCCUACCAGUUGAGAUAGCUGGCUAGACUAAUUAACAUAAUUAGACCAUGAUUCCUACCAGUUUAGAUAGCUGGCUAGACUAAUUAACAUAAUUACACCAUGAUUCCUACCAGUUUAGAUAGCUGGCUAGACUAAUUAACAUAAUUACACCAUGAUUCCUACCAGUUUAGAUAGCUGGCUAGACUAAUUAACAUAACUAGACCAUGGUUCCUACCAGUUUAGCUGGCUAGACUAAUUAACCAAUCUAAAACAUGUAGCUGACACAGGCUAAUUGGGUGACUGUCAGCGACUGACAAAACAAGAGAAAAACUGCUGCUGCACAACCUGACUUCACCUUGUGUAUUCUACUAUUCUACCUAGCAACAGUAAGUUGUGAGCUCGACUGGGUUCCAAAAAAGAAAAUGGAUACGUGGGCCUAAAGAGUUGGCCAUCCCUUCCCUGGGCUCUUCUCUUAUAGGUGAGGAGAAGAGAGGGGCCCUAAUGGAGCCCUAGACCCUACGCCCUAUGUAGGGUGUGGAGAUCUGAGACGAUUUGAUUGGUAUUAUCAAUAUGGGCAAACUUCCACCUAGCCUAUCAGAGGGCAAGGUGGGAGCUAUUACCAUAUUGCUUACAUCUAUCAAAUCCAGAUCUGCACAAGUGCAUUGUGCGUAGGGUCCAUUUAGGAUGUGGGCCAUUUUUACAUUUCAGUCCCUAGCCCCUUCCCCUAGCUGUGGAGAGGAGAUGGGCUGUGGGUUUGGGCCACUUUCCAUUUCAGAUCCUAGCCCCUUCCCCUAGCUGUGGAGAGGAGAUGGGCUGUGGGUUUGGGCCAUUUUCCAUUUCAGUCCCUAGCCCCUUGCCUUAGCUGUGGAGAGGAGAUGGGCUGUGUGUUUGGGCCAUUUUCCAUUUCAGUCCCUAGCCCCUUGCCUUAGCUGUGGAGAGGAGAUGGGCUGUGUGUUUGGGCCAUUUUCCAUUUCAGUCCCUAGCCCCUUGCCUUAGCUGUGGAGAGGAGAGGGGCUGUGGGUUUGGGCCACUUUCCAUUUCAGAUCCUAGCUCCUUCCCCUAGCUGUGGAGAGGAGAUGGGCUGUGGGUUUGGGCCACUUUCCAUUUCAGAUCCUAGCUCCUUGCCUUAGCUGUGGAGAGGAGAUGGGCUGUGGGUUUGGGUUUGGGCCACUUUCCAUUUCAGAUCCUAGCUCCUUCCCCUAGCUGUGGAGAGGAGAUGGGCUGUGGGUUUGGGCCACUUUCCAUUUCAGAUCCUAGCUCCUCUUAGCUGAGGAGAGGAGAGCUGGAGAAGGGGUUGAUAGGACAGAAGUGUAGACAACAGUACUGUAUUAUAACAACAACCUCAGAUAAUACACUGCACAGUACCCCUCCAAACAUAUAUAUAUCUCUCUCUUUCUCUCUCUCUCCUAACUUUCUUUCUCUUUCUGGUCUCAGUCCUCUCUAACUCAUAUGCAGCUCAUCUCUCUCUGUUUCCCUCCACUUUUCUCACUCGCAAAUAUUACAAGAAUAGAGUAUACUAUGGAGAAUGGAGUAUACUAUGGAGAAUAGGAGUAUACUAUGGAGAAUAGGAGUAUACUAUGGAGAAUGGAGUAUACUAUGGAGAAUGGAGUAUACUAUGGAGAAUGGAGUAUACUAUGGAGAAUGGAGUAUACUAUGGAGAAUGGAGUAUAUUAUGGAGAAUAGAGUAUACUAUGGAGAAUAGGGUAUACUAUGGAGAAUGGAGUAUACUAUGGAGAAUGGAGUAUACUAUGGAGAAUGGAGUAUACUAUGGAGGAUAGGGUAUACUGUGGAGAAUAGAGUAUACUAUGGAGAAUAGGGUAUACUAUGGAGAAUAGAGUAUACUAUGGAGAAUAGGGUAUACUAUGGAGAAUGGAGUAUACUAUGGAGAAUAUAGUAUACUAUGGAGAAUAGGGUAUACUAUGGAGAAUGGAGUAUACUAUGGAGAAUGGAGUAUACUAUGGAGAAUAGGGUAUGCUAUGGAGAAUGGAGUAUACUAUGGAGAAUAGGGUAUACUAUGGAGAAUGGAGUAUACUAUGGAGAAUAGGGUAUACUAUGGAGGAUAGGGUAUACUAUGGAGGAUAGGGUAUACUGUGGAGGAUAGGGUAUACUAUGGAGGAUAGGGUAUACUAUGGAGAAUAGGGUAUACUAUGGAGAAUAGGGUAUACUAUGGAGAAUGGAGUAUACUAUGGAGAAUAGGGUAUACUAUGGAGAAUAGGGUAUACUAUGGAGAAUGGAAUUUCUACAGUAUAUUGUAGUUUG